AUGAUGCUCAGUGCUGUUUUGUUGUAUGAGAAAGUCUUUGAAGAGUAUGUAAGCUCAGACAGUGGAUUUAAAUCUAAUUUGGGUGAGAAUAAUAUACCUAACUUCAUGGAUUGGGAAACCAUUUCUGGUUUGGUACAGAUUCUAAAAUCUUUUUAUGAAAUGAUUGUUAGAAUUUCUGGUUCACUGUAUGUGACUUCUAAUACUUUUUUCUCUGAGAUUUCUGAUCUGUCUUGCUUGUUAAGUAAUAUGGUGGAAGCUGAUGGCAGUGUUAAACUAAUGGGUACAAAUAUGAGGGCAAAGUUUGAUAAGUAUUGGGGUGAGCCUGAAAAAAUGAACUUUCUCAUAUUCUAUGCAAAUAUCUUAGACCCCAGGGACAAAAUAGAAUAUAUGCCCAUUCAGUUUACCCAGUUAUAUGGUGAGGACAAAGGUAAAACAAUGUUUGAUAAGGUUGUUGUUGGCCUUAAGGAGUUAUUUCAAGAUUAUGUGACAUGUUUUCUUGUCCAGUCUGUUCCUGAAAAUUCUGCCAAAUCAGCCCCUUCAGUUAUAAUUUCUGAUUGUGUUUCUAUUGGGAAACCUCAAGCAUUAUUGAAAUCCCAGAUUAAGAAACAAAAAUUAGGUACUGGUGAUUUGUCAAUGAAAAAAACUGAGUUGGAGGUGUAUUUGUCUGAGGUCAUUGUGGAUGAUGAGGAAUCUUUUGACCUUCUAAGAUGGUGGAUGCUGAAUUCUGAUAGGUUCCCUGUGUUAUCUAAAAUGGCAAGGGAUGUACUUGUUGUUCCAAUCUCUACUGUUGCAUCUGAAUUAGCAUUUAGUACCAGUGGGAGAGUACUAGAUGCCUUUUUGGAGUUCCCUAACUCCUAA